AUGAAAAAAUAUCGUCGUCUUUGUUGGCUUGAUAUAUCCAAUCGUGCACGAUAUCGUUAUCUACGACAACUUCGACAAAUUGAAUCAUUUGAUGGCCAGGCAUUGAUUGAACCAAUAUGUAAAGCUGGUAUUGAUCGUAUUCGUAUGCGAAAACAAUUAUCGAUGAUUCCAUUCGUAUCGAACAUUGUAUUCGAUGUUACAUUCGAUAAUUAUAUGUCAUCAUUAGAAUGUAAAAAUUUAGCCGAACAAAUAAUUCGAAUAAUUUAUCGAAAUCGUCAUGAAUUUCGAACGAAUUGGUUUAAUCUUCAUAUUACCGGUUUGUCACAAAGCCAAUCAACAGUAAAAUUUUUGAAUAAAUUUCUUGAUCCAUCACAUCGUCAUAAUUAUCCGAAUGUAUUUUUUCAUAACGAAUCAUUUAAUGAAUUAUUUCAUCAUGAACAAAUCAUUUAUCUAUCACCACAUGCAACCGAUACGAUUGAUCAAUCGAUAACAAUCGAUUCGGAUACUGUAUUCAUUAUUGGCGGUAUUGUUGAUCGUCGAAAAAUCAUUGAAUUAACAGUAUCAAAAUGUAAAAAACUUGGUAUCAAAACGAAACGUUUGCCAUUAAAUUCGGAUGAUAGUAAACAAGUCAAAUCAUUGGAUGAUGUAGUGAAAAUUAUUCAUUCAAAAUUGUUAACCAAUCAUCAAAGAUGAAUGUUUAGUGAUGAUUCGUUUUUCUCUCUUGUGAUUAGUCAUAUCAAUGUAAUUUCAUAUAAA